ACUGUUUGUUUUAUUUGUAUAUUGAGCACAGCGUUACUGGUGGGAACCUUCCUACGCGGGAACGUUGAAUUUUUGGCGGGACGGGUUUUACUGGUGCACAAGUGAACUUUCACCCCUCCAACUGCUUUAUUGUUUUGAUUUUAACAGGUUGUCGUUUCGUGUGAAUUGUAACAAGUGUCUCGACGGGGAGAAAAUUUUAAAACAAGAAGUGCUCUUGAGGAUUUACUAAAACGCGUACAGCCGAUGUAAAUAAUGACCGUGUCGUUUAGAUACCAGCGCUGUUGUUGACAAAGAUGCUUUCUCCAAGUUAAGCUAACGUUAGCUGUUGGCUAACGUAGCAGCGUACGUAGCUUUGGUAACAACAUGACGGUGAUGAGGAGCGGUGUGUAGGAGCGACCCACCACACAUCGAAUCGCGCCGAUUUCCUGCUUGUCAAUCAUAUAUUUCCAGGAUUAUCCAGUCUUUGUGUCUGGAUAGCCCCAAAGCGGCUUUCUCAACCAAACAAACAAAACAGGUUACAUUCAACCGGCAAGUUAUCAUUAAAGAGUGUUGGACAUUUGCAUCACUUUCUUUCAAUGGGUGAGGAAAAGCCAGACACGCUCGACUUUGUGAAGGAUUUCCAGGAGUAUCUGAGCCAGCAGACUCAACAUGUCAACAUGAUAUCAGGCUCCGUCAGCGGCGUUAAGGAGGCAGACGAGCUGCCACCAGAUGGCAGUCAGAAUGGACUGGAUCACCCCUCAGUGGACAUGUCCCUGGAGGACACCUCAGGGAUCCUGGUGGAUGGUUUUGAGAGAACCUAUGACGGAAAGCUCAAGUGCCGCUACUGUAACUAUGCCACCAGAGGUACAGCAAGACUUAUUGAGCACAUCCGAAUCCACACAGGAGAGAAACCUCACCGCUGCCACCUCUGCCCAUUUGCUUCGGCCUACGAGCGCCACCUGGAGGCCCACAUGCGAUCGCACACAGGCGAGAAGCCGUAUAAGUGUGAGCUGUGCUCCUUCCGCUGCAGUGAUCGUAGCAACUUGUCGCACCAUCGACGUCGACGCCACAAACUUCUUCCAAUGAAAGGUGCUCGCUCACUUUCCCACAAGAAGAUGCUGAGUGUUUUACAGAAGAAAGCCAGCUCACUGGGCUACGGCCGCCGACUCCUCAUCAACUUCAGCCCUCCUUCUAUGGUGGUGCACAAGGCUGACAAUGUCAACGACUUCUCCCAUGAGCUGCCUCACUUACGUCAGGAGACGUAUGAUAGUCAGGGUCGUGCAGUCGAGGACGGGCACACCACAAAUCAAAAUCACCAUCACCAUGAUAUGGUUAUGGAUAACCCCCUGAACCAGCUGUCCACCCUAGCAGGCCAGUUGGCCAGUCUCCCUUCAGAUUCCCAGGCCCAGACUCAACCUCCCAUGUCUCCAGGAGCAGAGUCUAUAGUUGAUGAGAAGCCCUUCCUCAUCCAGCAGCCCCACCCUGCCACAGCUCCUGUGGCCGUCACCAGCAUGGCCCAUGCCUCCUCCUCUUCCCCAAUCACCCCAGAGCCCCGGGCUCCUCCUCACAGCAACUGCAGCCCUGGAGGGGGACCCUGCAGUGAGCACAGUGGGCGCACCAGUACCCCUAGUAUCUCCAACAGCCAACCCAGCACACCGGCCCCAGGCCUGUCCGUCCCUCUCCAGGAUCCCCACAUGCUGCAUCACUGCCAGCACUGUGACAUCUACUUCCCCGACAACAUCCUCUACACAAUCCACAUGGGCUGCCAUGGCUACGAGAACCCAUUCCAGUGCAACAUCUGCGGCCACAAGUGCAAGAGCAAGUACGAUUUUGCUUGCCACUUUGCCCGCGGGCAGCACAAGUAAUGGAUGAGUUAGGAAAGCUCUGAAAGAACAUUUAAUGGACAGCCUUGUUUUAUUAAUUCCAUAGUAAUUUUAUUUAUUGGUCUUUUACUUGGCCUUGAUGUAGCCUAGCCUUUGGAAGUUGUACUCAUAAAAUGUCAACAUUCAGAUGGUUUCAUUUUGUACAAUUUAAAGGUGCCCCUUCAAAUGUAUUAUUAAGGGAUGAUCAGUGUUUUCAACAGGUUGAGAAUUUAUUUGUGGUGGAAGAGUGAAUUACAUUCACAUGCUGUCGUAAAUCAGAGAACAAUAACUCUCCUACUAAGUCAAACUAAUUAACCCUAUUUAUUAUUGUAGUUUACUGAAUUCACAAUACUCCUUCAAUUGUUUUUGCCUUUUGGGGUUUUUAAAGAGAUAUAGCUCAAUAAUGAAAUGCUGUUCAUAUGUUGGCGCAUCUCUUCAGUAUGUGUUAAACCUUUCAAAGUGGUCUUUCAGAAACAAUACCACUCAACACAGCCAAAAUCUAGUCCAUACCAUUUCAUACUGUUUAUAUGGCCUCAUAAUAGUGUGAGGUAAAUUACAGCCAGUGGCUACUGGAAGGAAUUCAUUCAGUAAUCUGAAAAAACAUGAAUAACCUUGCAUGGUAAUAAUGUUUACAAAAUAUGCAUUUACACACUGACACAGAUUCUUAGCAUUAUGUCCCUUUACAAAAAUGCAAAAAGAAGAAGACCCAAUAAGUUCUCAACCCUCCUGGAGCUGUAUCUAAAGAUUUCCUUGAUGAUGCUGACACAGGAGUGUAAAUGUUGGCCUUGAGUGAUCCUACUUAAGCCUUGUUGAAAUUAUUUAAGUGCUUGGUGCAUUAAUACUUUUUCUUUGCAGUGCCUGACAUAGUCAUUUUCUUGUGUGUCCAAGAUAGAGAGGAUUGUUACUUCAAAGAUUAAAGGUGGAGUCAGUGAUUUUAAUCCAAUAUUUGGGCUUGGCGAUGUGGUCGAAAUUUUAUAUCCAGAUAAGAUAUACAUCACGAUAGAGCAUGUAUUCUGGUAGUUCAGUAAAUAAAUAGUCUAUAUGAAAAACCACAUGGUAAAGCCAACUUCUAUAUAAUUCAUACUCCAAGUAAGCAAAACAGCACGUCAAUGGUUUGUUUCUGCCUCGAUUCCAGUUUUUUUAACAUCACUAUCGAAACGAUUUAGAAAAAUUUUUAUAAUUUUGAUGAUAUAUACGGUACAUUGUCAUACCGCCCAGUCUUAUCCUAUACAUUUUUGUCAAAUUUAGCAAAUAUCUCCUCGUGUUCCGCUUGCUGUCUGUUAUCAGUGAGAGAGGGACAGUAAACAAGCACUCAUAACAGACUUAGGAUAUUUAGCGUCUUUUUCAGAAAUUGUUGACUCCACCUUUAGUAUAUAUUAUUACAAUAUCCUCUUCCAACUGUAAUGAAUAGACCCAGAACCUUAGAAAAAGAGUUUGGCCAUUGUAGUUUUCUAUGGUAGCCAUGAUUUUUAUUUUUUUUAUUUUUAUUUUUUGCCAAAAUUUUGCUCCAUGAAUGCUGCUAAGAAACUGUUGGAAUCAGAACUCUCCAGCUGGCAUCCACGGUAAAACCUGGCCAAACUUCAUCAGGGGUUUUUAGUCGUCCAGAUCAGUUGUCAAAGAUUUUGUCUAGUUGUUUUGAAGUUCCUUCACACAGUGCCCUUCCGUGACCAGCAUCCUGGUAACUCCACUUGUUCUGUUAAAAUGGUUCUGCCUAUCCUUUGAACUACAUCCUGUCACAUUCUGAUGUUUUAAUAUUGUAUGAAGUCACUUUGAUAUCCAGUAUCUCCGUGUUUAGGACAGAAUCGCCAAGUCUUGUGUCUCAUGUGAACACUUUUUUUCAGAAUUGCCACGUAGCACCGGGGAUACCACGUUUUAGCCUUUGUGAUAACACACACUGAGAUCCCCAUUUUAUCAUAUGGAUCCCAGUGUUUUCCUGAAUAUUUACUGAGUAUUGUAUUCUGAGUCGUUGGAUAGAUGUUCAGUGUCAAAAAAACAUCAUGUUGCAGUCAAACUGCGUUAGCGAGGUUGUUCUUUGUCUUGGGUACUGUUGUCUGUUGCUAAGCGACAUGCGUGGAGAACAUAGUUACUGUUUUUAGAGCCACCUCCUUGUCGCCUUGCUUACCAGUAAUAGGGGCAUCCAGUAAUGACUGCCUUAUGUUCUCUCAGUGUGUCGUAGGUUCAUAGGUAAUGAUGAAUGUUGAAGCCUGUUGGCGAUCACCCUCUCCCUCUGGGAUGGCAAAUCAUUUUAUUGUGAGACGGAUUAAUCUUACUAAUUUAUAAGUAAAGUGUUUUCUAACUGAA